CAACGUCGUUUUAACAGUGAAAGAAUUCCUAUUUCUGUUUUCAUUUCAUAAAUAUUUGAUAAUUUGUUACUGUUAUGAACUGAAGAAAGGUAUCAUUGGGGAGCUGAGUAACUGCUUUUUCAUGCCGCAUAAGGAUUCAGUCAUGAAGCUAAUUGUUUGGUAAUUUCAUUUCGUGUUGUUUUUUUUGAGAGACCCUGUAUCACGAAUACAAUUGGUAAUGGUUAUUAGUGACUGCAUGACGUCGUCGCACCCCAGACGAUCGGGCUGCUGAGAUUUUACUUGUUAUGCUUCUACAAUUUGUGAUGUGUUUCGAUAUUUAGAUGAAACUUUGAAAAGAAAGUGGGAAAGAUUCAGAAAGAUAUUUCACUCCCGUGUGUUCAUUCGAUUCCACGGCAUGGCUGAGGGUAAUGAUCGUGACGAGUCCAUGGAAUAUAGACUGAAGUAUAUUUCUAAAGGACAUUGGUUUUCUAAGAUGAUUGUUGAUUAUGACCAGAACGAUGAAAGAAAACAUAUUGAGGUCGAAGAUAGCGAAAAUUCUAUUCUAAUACCAAAGGAUGCCGCUAAUAUCGAAGUUAGCUUCAAAGUCAUGCGCGGGCCUGGUGUUUGGUGUGAUGUAAAAAAGUAUGACCGUUUCGAAAAAUAUUGGGUAAAACCAACGCAGCCUCAUAUCUUCAAGUACAGAUCACCAGUGAGUCGCACGUUCACUUUGGCUGGAGGCUUGUAUUAUGAAGCUGUGAUGAAGAUCACGAAUGAACAUUUUGAUGAUGUGAACGAAGUUUGAAAGGAUUUACCAGACUAAUUAAGAAAUAGGAUUUGACGAAAUUAAGAAUGUCACAGUUAAUUGAUAAAAAAGAUAAUUGAUCUCUGUAAUUAGCUACGAUGAUUUUUUGCACUUUAAGGUAAACACCUAUAGCACACAAACUAGCUGUGAACGAGAGUCCUUUAUUCUUAUAGGCAAUUCCCAUUAUAAAGUUUAUCCACAGCAAUUUCUUUCACAGGUAUAUUAUACCUUGUAGAACGAGACAGUCAUUUUAUACACAAUAUUGCAUUGUCUGUAAUAUAAUCUAUAAACACUGCAAUAAACACUGCAAGAUUGUUUUCUGUUGUGA